GUGGAGAUUCCUAAGGCAGAGCAUGACGACGUGAAGAGCGUAAAGCGAAGCUUACAGGCGCUCCUGAACAUACCAAGAUUCCGGCAAAGACUUGUUUACGGAGAGAUGGUUCUGGAAGAUGGUGCUGCAGUGGCCUCACUGGUACAUGUUCAACUGCUGGUGCGUGAGUUCACCACUGACUCCCAAAGUCAGCCCAGCUUACUCGUUACACACGCUUUACAAGGCCGAGCACGAGAAGUGGAGGCACUGUUGGAAGAGCCACAGGAUCCAAACUUAUUCGAUGCCAGAGGCUUUACAGCUCUUAUGCACGCAUCUGCGCAAGGGCACGUGGAGGUUGUGCGUCUCCUGCUGGAGGCCAUGGCCGAGCCGAAUUUAGCUGCAAGCAGCGGUGCGACAGCUCUUUUCGACGCAGCCCGUCGAGGCCAGGGCGAGGCUGCGCGCUUGCUGCUGGAGGCUCGGGCGGACGUGAACGUGAAAUCCAACAAUGGCAUCACUGCCUUGAUGAAAGCCACUUUCCAUGGCAACGCAGAAUCUGCACGUUUGCUCCUGGAAGCCCGGGCCAACGUGAACGAGGUCGCAGACAAUGGAGGUACUGCUUUGAGAAACACAUUCGUAAGCCGUGACAUGGGGUCAACGCAGGGGCAAUUGGAGGUUUUGCGUCUUUUGCUGGAGUCCAUGGCCGAGCCCAACUUAGCAUCAAGCACCGGUACGACGGUUCUUUUCGAGGCAGCCCUUCAAGGACAAGACGAGGCUGCACGCUUGCUGCUGGAGGCUCGGGCGGACGUGAACGUGAAAUCCAACAAUGGCAUCACUGCCCUGAUGAAUGCCACUUUCCAUGGCAACGCAGAAUCUGCACGUUUGCUCCUGGAAGCCCGGGCCAACGUGAACGAGGUCACAAACAAUGGAGGUACUGCUUUGAGAAACACAUUCGCAAGCCGUGACCUCAGGUCAUUGCAGGUGCUGCUGGAUGCGCAGGUUGACGCGCGGUUUGGGGUGGCAAUCUGUGCUUGUAUUGUCAUCGGAGUGCUGUCGUUGUUGUUCAUCGAUGCAAUCUUUAUCUACUUGAUAUUUGCUCCUGAGAGAUCCAUGAAGCCUUCGCCUUGA